CGCAAUGUGAUCCCCGUGCCGUGCCACUCGCACAACGACUACUGGCGUCGGACACCACUGUAUGCUGCCUUGGCCUCCGGAUGCAUCAGCGUCGAGGCGGACGUGUGGCUCUUUGACGAUGACCUUUUGGUGGGCCACGACAUCGGCAGCUUGACCAGGGAUGUGACACUCGAGUCGGUGUAUCUUGAGCCGCUGCAACAAGUGCUGCGGGUCAUGAAUGCAAAUUCACAGGUCGGCAAUGUGAGUUCGGUCGGCAAGCACGGCGUAUUCAACGUAGACCCGAAUCAGACGCUUGUGCUGCUCGUUGAUCUCAAGACUUCCGGCCAUGAGACUUAUGCAAAGCUAGACAGACAGCUGCAGGGCUUGCGAGACGCACAGUGGCUCACUCACUGGAACGGCACGCACCGCGUCGAGAAAGCUAUCACCAUCGUGGCUUCCGGCAAUGCUCCAUUUGACUUGAUCGCUGCGAACGACAGCUACCGCGACAUCUUCUUCGACGCUCCCCUGACCUCUCUGGCCUUUGACGGCGACCCUGCUGUCUCGACACCCACGUCUGGAUUCCAAACAGCCCACGGCAAUCUAGUCCGCCCUGACUCUGAUCUUCUGCGCUUCAAGUACAAUCCCAGUAACUCGUGGUACGCAUCCACCAAUUUUAAAGCCGGUGGCGGCAUCCUAUCGAAUUUUGCCAUCACAGCUGCACAACGCAAGAAACUUGCGGACCAUGUGCGCAUGGCCGAAGCUCGAGCUCUGGUCCCCAGAUACUGGGGCACGCCUCGCUGGCCACGCAACUUGCGCGAUCAGAUCUGGGAGGUAUUGCUGCAAGAGGGAGUGGGAAUUUUGAAUGUUGAUGACUUGAGGGCCGUGAGGAAAGGGUCUUGGGGUAGGUGGAGGAAA